CUCUAAGUCUACAGUCAAAUAAAAGUUGUAUGCUAAGCAGUAGAUAGUAGGCAGGUCGACUACAAGGUCGACUCCUUAAAAGUUCUCUCGCUUCAGUGAUAUUCGUUGUGCGAAUAAGACAGCGAGCCAGUGUUUUUCUAGCGUGGCGAUGUAAAUCGUCAGGAGAAUGGCGACCGAGCGAGUUCGAAGUAAAAUCGAGCGGCAAGCCGCGAAAGACUUGCAGCUCGCGUGAGUUUACGUAAAUCGUGAACUGGCACGUGCUGAGAAUAGUUCGAGAUAGCGAAUGGUAUUAAUGGCGCUGCUGGUGCUACCGGUCAUUCCGUUGGCACUGCUGGCAUAAUAGUGCAACUGCUGCCAGGAACCUUUAGCAAAGGAUGGAAACCUGGUCGACGUCCACGCUGGAUGGACAGGUGGUGCCGUGUAGUGCCGUGUAGGGCCAUGUAGACGGUGUGGGUUGGUCGUUUUAUAACGGAAAAAUGCAAGCUGCGGGUUCCCAUUUGGGCGCAGGAGGAGGAAGGGAGGGGAGGCCGAGGUUUCCAUAUGUGCAGAAGGUAGUAGAAAUUUCGUUAGAAAAUAUUUAAAAACAUCCCUUUGCGGCCGAUGGAUGUGACAUUUUACAUGGACAUUGGACACGGAUGAACGUUGCGCAGUGAUCCGAGCAAUUGUAUAAUAAUGAAGUUUGACGUGGGAAGGGUGAGUUGGGUGAAGAGGGGAGAAGGGAGUAGCAAAGCGCAAGGACGAAGGAUAAGAGCGACAAGGCGGCUAAGGCGAAGUCGAAGUCGAAGUCGAAGUCGAAGUCGAAGGCGAAGGCGAAGGCGAAGGUAGCCGUUAAGGUGAAGUGGAAAAGAGAAUAUUCGCUGGAGGGCCUUGUUACGCGGUGCACCGUCGGCAGGAAAUUACUGAAACGCAACUAAAAAAAUGUACUUCCGUUAGGCCGUCCUUGUAGCAGCUAUUUUUCCCCCCACGGACUUACCUGUGUACCUUGCCACCGAUUAGACUCCCUCUAGGUAAAACGUGCAUACUUGACAUACGUAGAUAUAUAUCUAUAUAUAGCGUGUAACCUGUAUCUAUAUAUGCCCAGUAUAUGGAUGUACAUAUGUAUGCGCAUAAAAAGGAAUCGCGCCGGAUUCUCGAGUUCCUUCGAGUUCUCCCCAGCGUGACGAACUCUAUAAUCGAUUCGAUCGCGUUUCCUUAAUGUCGUCAUCGGCCAGCCCACCCAUUAGCAUUCGACAUGGAAGACAGACCAAUCGGUAAACUCAGCUGUUUCCUUUGAUAUCGGAAAAAGAUUUGAAAAAAUGAAAGGAAGACAAGCGAAAAGCAAACAGACAUUUUCCGCUUAUUGAUUCGUCCUAACCAAAGUUUUUGAAAGCGAAUGGAAGGAGAAAGGAAAGGGACAAAAGAUAUGAAGUAAUCGGAACUUGCCGAAGGGACUUGCCGGAAAUGAAGGUCGAAGAAAAGAUGGGGGAGAGAAACUUGAGAAGAGUCAUUUUGCUGCCAAUACGAUGUGUGUUUACCUAUGCUCUCCGGCGGGCCACAGGAGCGAACAGUUUUUUCGGUCCUCGGGUGAAACAGGUAUUCGGGAUGAAGGGAUGGCGACGGCUCGCGGGGUUCAGAGGCUCACGGAGACUUCACUGGGAAUUCAAAGCGCUAAGAGGAAAUAUUGCCGUAACGCCAACGGCCAACCACGACACGAGUCUUCAGGGGAAUCAAAGGAACUUCGAAAGACACCGGUUACGAGGGACGCAUUCCUCAAGCACUACGUAUAGUAACUCCAAAACACGAAGACCAAUGUCUCCCAUGGAAGAUCGCCGAGGUAGUCAGGUGUUGUGCUGGAUAAAACCGUUACCGCCAGCAGGCAGUCUUGCUCUUAUAAGUUUCCAGAGGGAUUGCUGCCGAGUGCAAGAGAGACACACGAUGUCCUGUCGAGAGGCUGGUUGGCGCGUGCCUUGCCAUCCGCGCAGUUUAAAACUCCUCUGA